AUGAAAAGUUUAAGAUUUCUUGUGAUUUUUGCAAUGUUGCUUGUCCUUCACUCUUCAACAAGCACAAACUCAAUCAAUACAUCAUCAAUCGAUGACCAAAAGCUGUCAACAAGCAUCUGCAGAAUCACAAAUGAUAUUACAAGCUCAAAAUCAGACACACAGGACAUAAUCAUUGGAAAUUUAGGAGGUACAAUGUGGUCGUCAAUAGUCAACGAUAUUAUCAAGUGUUUGGAUAAUAAGGCUGUUGUUAUCUCCGAUAUCCAUGAUAUUGCUACAGACAAGAGACUACGGAAAGCUUCUGUUGUGAUUUUAGCCUUGAAUCGAUCAGCUAAGUAUCAAAUAAUAGACAUAAUUUCACAGUUUGGUAUAUCAACGGUGUUGCAUCAUAUGGCAAAGACUAUAGUAAUGCUACCUGAUUCCACAACACAAGAUUAUCGAGCACAAAUUUUGGGUACUUUCGGUAAAUAUGGCACAUGGAAUGUCGCAGUUCUGCACAAGUUCCUUGGUGACAUUGUUUUUGAGAUUUUUGGAUCAAAUUUUAAGUUAACAAAGCUGAUAAAUCCAAAAAAUAGCAGCUCAGUCUUUCCAGAUAAGCUUAAAGAUCUUAGAGGAAUGAAAGCUUAUGUUGCAGUUCACGAUCAGCAGCCUUCAGUAAAAUUAAGAAAUGGUAGAGUCAGCAGUCUAAUGAUUCACUUCCUUCAUGUUAUUGAAAAGGUGCAAAAUAUUAAAAUUGGACUUCUUCUUGUUCCUGAUCACACUUAUUUGCAUAAGUACUGGAUCGAUCGCAAGUUCCAUCUGACAUUGAACACUGCUCUAGUAUUUAAUACUGAAGAUCCAAAGCUUUUUACGUAUCAAAAGAAUGGCUACUGUGUCCUUAUUCCAGUUCCACCUAAAUCUUCAUUUUUUCAUCUAAUUAUUAUUCAUCCAUUUGAUAUUCUCAUUUGGAUACUCUUUGGAGUGUCUGUCGUCAGUUCUGUUGCUGUUUGGAGGAUGUAUCGUGACCGUGGUGCUGUCGAUUCUCAUUGGCAACUUGCUGCUGGCAUUUUUAUGAUGUUUAUCGGUCAAGGUGCUGAUUUUUCACGAAGGAAUCGAUUUGUGCUUGCUGUGCUGCUUAACAUCAUCUGCUUGUCUGUGUUCCUGCUUAGCAAUCUAUACGAAGGAGCUGUCACAUCCUUUAUGAUCGAACCAGCCCAUACAAAUCAUUUUAAGACUGUUGAAGACUUUCUGGAUUCAGACUAUGAGAUUAUUACAGAUGAAGUGUUUGUAGCUGGCAUCAAAGAUUCACAAGAGUUCAACAGACUCAGAUUAAAGAUGAACUCAUCUCUUGGUCGGUUGGAAAGGAAGUUCAACAUCGGUUAUCAGCAACAACGUUAUGCUUACAUAUUCAGCUGUGACAUACUUGAGUAUGAAAUUUAUUCCCAAUUGCCUGACGGUCAUCAUGUUGCAGACUAUUUUUACAUACUGCCAGAAAUGAUAUCUUGGUAUUACGAAAAACUUGGAGCAAGCUACCUAAAUCCAUUUAUUGAACGAUUCCAGUACUACAUGGACUUGUCAUUUCAAGCUGGUCUGCCUCACAUGUGGAAGUUAUUCAUGGCACAGAGAAUUUAUAAAUCAACAGGAACUGUUAUUCUUAGAGACAGAGAAAUGCUGGAACUAAAAGAUUUCUAUUCAGUCUUUGGCUCCUUUAAUGUGGCAAUUGUUCACAUUGGAAGCACAGGUGAUAUAAUUUAUGAAACUGUAAGUUCAGAUUUUAAGCUGUUAGUGCACAAAAAUCCUAGAAAUGGACAUUUGAUUUUUCCUGAUAAAUUGAAAGAUUUGCGUGGUUUAAAAUUAAGUGUCGCUGUCCAUCCGCAACCACCAAGAGUCUAUGUUACGCAACAUACAGUAAGCACUUCAAUACUUUACUUUCUUGAUGCAAUCGAGCAAUUCAUGAAUGUUAAAGUUAAGCUGAUUAUUCUUCCUGAUCAUACUUAUUUGAAUAGCUAUUGGAAGAACCGUCAACUUCAUCUAACUUUAAACACUUUUCUGAUUUUUAAGACAAAAGAUCCUAGAUUAUUUAUAUACGAAAGGAAUGGUUACUGUGCUCUGGUUCCGAUUCCAUCAAAAGUUCCACUUUAUUAUCUUAUGUUCAUAAAACCAUUCGAUGGACUCAUUUGGAUCCUCUUUGGAGUGUCAAUUGUCAGUUCCGUAAUUGUUUUGUGGAUGUAUCGUGGUCGUGGUGCUGUUGAUUCUCAUUGGCAACAUACUGCUGGCAUUUUCAUGAUGUUUAUUGGUCAAGGUGCUGAUUUUUCACGUCGGAAUCACUUUAUUCUUGCUUUUCUGCUCAACAUCAUCUACUUGUCUGUGUUCCUGCUUAGUAAAUUAUACGAGGGUGCCAUAACAUCUUCCACGAUUGAGCCAGUCCUCAACAAUCGUCUUAUGACUGUCAAAGAUCUUGUGGAAUCUAAUUAUGAAGUUGUAAACGACGCUGUUUUUGCUGAGCUUGUUAAGAAUUUGACAGUUUAA